UGAGAUAUCUGGGGACAAGCAUAUAGAGGAAAUAGCCCAGACUGACACGUUAUGAGGGAAAGGGAGGAAGCUGCUGAGAAGGCCAGCAUCUGCAGGCCAGAAGACAGAUGCCUGGGAGAGGAGCUGGAAGGACAAAACAGCUAACAGAAGGGCUCAAUGGACUGACUGUGGUGCUAACAAGCAAGGAACAAGCCAAAAGGAUCGGAGGCAGGUGAGAGGAGGCCAUGGAACAUCCACCAAGCAGAUAAUCAUCGCGGGAUCCUUGCGAAGUGUCUGAAUGUAGGCUGCAGAAGUCCUGAAGGUUGAUGGAGGGCCAUGCUAUUCAAACAGCAGGCGUGGCUCAGACAGAAGCUGCUCGUGCUGGGAAGCCUUGCGGUUGGGAGUCUGCUGUAUCUAGUCGCCAGAGUUGGGAGCUUGGAUAGGCUACAGCCCAUUUGCCCCAUCGAAGGCCGAUUCGGAGCCCGCAGCCAGGCGGAAUUCCCUCUCCGAGCCCUGCAGUUUAAGCGUGGCCUGCUGCACGAAUUCCGGAAGAGCAACGCUUCCAAGGAUCAGGUUCGCCUUCAUGACCUGGUCCAGCAGCUCCCCAAGGCCAUUAUCAUUGGGGUGAGGAAAGGAGGCACCAGGGCCCUGCUGGAGAUGCUGAACCUCCAUCCAGCUGUGGUCAAAGCCUCUCAAGAAAUCCACUUUUUUGACAAUGAUGAGAAUUAUGCCAAGGGCAUUGAGUGGUACAGGAAAAAGAUGCCUUUUUCCUACCCACAGCAAAUCACCAUUGAAAAGAGCCCAGCAUAUUUUAUCACGGAGGAGGUUCCGGAAAGGAUUUACAAAAUGAACUCAUCCAUCAAGUUGUUGAUCAUUGUCAGGGAGCCGACCACAAGAGCUAUUUCUGAUUACACUCAGGUGCUAGAGGGGAAGGAGAGGAAGAAUAAAACUUACUACAAGUUCGAGAAGCUGGCAAUAGACCCCAAUACCUGCGAAGUGAACACAAAGUACAAGGCCGUGAGAACAAGCAUCUACACCAAACAUCUGGAACGCUGGCUAAAGUACUUUCCGAUUGAGCAAUUUCACAUCGUCGAUGGAGAUCGCCUCAUCACGGAACCUCUGCCAGAACUUCAGCUCGUGGAGAAGUUCCUAAACCUUCCCCCGAGGAUAAGUCAAUAUAAUUUAUACUUUAAUGCCACCAGAGGGUUUUACUGUUUGCGAUUUAACAUUAUCUUUAAUAAGUGCCUGGCGGGCAGCAAGGGGCGCAUUCAUCCAGAGGUGGACCCCUCUGUCAUUACCAAAUUGCGCAAAUUUUUUCACCCUUUCAAUCAAAAAUUUUACCAGAUCACUGGGAGGACAUUGAACUGGCCCUAAAAUAGUAAGUCCUAUAACACUAUGUGUUGUGGCUGGAGACACACAAUGUCUCCUCUAGAUUAAAAUAUGCACUUUUCUUAGACACAACUAUCCAAGUCGUUUUUUCCAUGUAUACCUGUACAUACACAGUGUGUGACCAAAUAUAAGAUCAAUUCUUUUUCUAUUGAAAAGUUACAAAAAUUAAUUUGCUGUCCGAGUAGUUGCAUCUUUUAAGCUAUUUACAAAAAGAAGAGGUGGUGGUAUUGGGGGAAAGUGACUUCAGCUCUUCUCAAAAAGCUUAGUCUUCCUUUGAGUCAGAAUUUGUCACCUGCCAUUUUCUUAGAGUUAAGCCAAAAGAUUAUGUGUGAAAACGUACCAAUGGCUGUGAAGCUUCGGGAAGUAGAGGACCCAGUUAUGCAUUCUUUUCUAAGGGAAAGCUGGCUCUUUAAUCCAGUCACUGAAUCGGUGCCGUGAAAACAGAAAAUACUGUUUUCUUAUUAUUUGAAAGAAUGUCAUAUCUCAUAAAAUUGACAUUGUCCCAAAGUUCCUGUGGUGAUUUUGCACUAUUGUUUUCUCGUAUAGACCAUGGUGUCACUUGUAGCAUGUCAAUCACACUUUGGAAAGUUAAAGUCCUUUUACUUCCAUGUUCUAUGUCAACAAAGAGAAAUGUCAUGUACAUAAUGUAUAUUGUUGUAAAUACUGGUUUCACACUAAGUAAUUCUAUUUUGUAAACUGAAUAUGGCUAUUUAAUUUAUUGUGAAAAUUAAAUUUAUCGUGGUAUUUAAACAUGGAAUGGAUUAAAAUUACUCUAUGUGCAACCUUUUUUUUUUUUUUUAAACUCGGUUUUGUUUUACACGCCCCCUGCUGGCUCCCCAAAUCGAAGCUGUUCACGUGCGUAUGAGCGCACUUGGAAAGAUAACGCUUCUCCGCUGGAUUUCUGUACCCUUGUGAAAAUGUUUUUAUGAAGUGAGGUUGAAUAUAUUAAAAAAAAAAAAAAAACUCAGCCAUCUGGAAAUCUAGUCAUAGAGCCACCUCAAAGAAUACUAGCUCUUGUGCUACAACUUUGUAACAAUUAAUUUUCAUGCAAUUGCUGCUGUGUCGGGAGAGAGACAGAACUAUUUUAACAUAAUCAAGGCAUAGAAGAGUCACAAUUUUAUUUGAACCUCUAAUCAGAGUCAGACCAGUGGAGAAAUUAAAUAAGAUUAGGAAACUUGUGUGGCCUCUGUACUGAAAGCUGCUGAUGCUUCACAAAUGAAUACAAAGUCUCAGAAGUCCCUCUUUGAGAUGAAAAAAAAAAAAAAAUCAGUCUGCUCAGAAAUGAUCAAAUGCAUAGUGCUGUUGUAUGUUUACUAAUGUAAACAUCCGGCUUCUAUUUCCAUCCAGAGAAAUUAAUGCUAAAUUGGGUGUGUGCUAACAUCAGAUACACUGUAUCAUGCUUAAAUAUAAUUCCGAAAACCCUGGAAAGAGGUGUGUCGACAGCAACACAAAGACGGAUUUUUCCAAUCAUGGCUACUUAUCCGGUAGAAGAUGUUUGAGUGUUUGAGGGAGUUUUGUUCAACAUCACAUUGAGCGUGCCUAGAGAAAUCAGCGAAUUACAAUGGGUUCCCUUUUGAUUGUAAUAAGUGUUGAUUUUCUCCAUGAGUUGUUUCUCCUGUCCAGUGACUUGAUGGUGAACUUUUCUAAAUAAAUAGCCCUUUCCCCUCUGGUGUCGGUAUAUAUUGCUUCUCAGGCUAGAGCCUUAGUGAUCAUCUCUCCCGUUUCAACUAGCAAUGAUGCCGUUCUCUCAGCAUGGAGUAGGCGUGACACCGGCACACGCUGACAGACCAGCUUCUCCCUCACCAUGCAGCGACUCUGGCGAGAGGGUCUCGGGUCUAGAUGCCAAUCCCUUCUCCCUCAAGCCAUGAAUGAAAUCAAACAUAAUGAAUGUAGCAUUAGAUUUCCUUGUGCCUCAACUGUCAGCAAGCUCUGAAUACUACAUUCGAGGUCAUAAUCACAUGCCAUCAUCAAUUCUAUGGGAACUCUUUCUAGAGCACUGCGUAGCUCGUACCAUGUUAUAACAGUAACUGUGAAAUUAUGCCUCAUUGGAACACGGGUGUUUCCAAAAGUCAGCCUGAGUAUUCCACCAAUAAAACUGAUAAAUGGCAGCCUUUUCCUAGGCAACGAGAGGAAUUUUUCUAAAACAAUGAAUAGAAAUUUAUCAGUAAUCAUCUUUUAUGUUCUACAUUUUUCUUAAAUUUUGCUGCAGUUUCCAACAAUGUGUAUCUCAGAGUUUAUUCCAAGAUUCUAUUUGACUUAUACUGACUUUUCUCAUUGGUUAUUUUUGGCCCAGUAAGCCAACAUUUCUUCAUCACACUCAGAAAAAAAGGGUCUGUGAUUUCCAAUAGUUCCGCUUCCUGAAUAAGUUUGAGAAUUGCUUUAAACCUUGGAGCCUCCCCACAGGGGCCUAAAUCAAAAGGCCUGGACUGGGAGGAUGUUUUGGAAAUAGGUUUCACUGCACUGAAAAAAAAAAACAAAAAAAAAACAAAAAAACCAGCCACAGCCACUGCUGACUGAGCAACAUAGAAGUAAAAAUCCUAUAACUUAGUAGCUUACUUCCACUGGAGGUUUUAAACCUCCUUGUUUAGAAAAAUGUUUCCUGUUGUCACCAAAUAAGCAGCAGACCUCUAGAGAAAUGCUCAGCUCAUUACCUUAGCCCUACCAGGUCUCUCUUGAAUAAGUCAUUCCUUUUUCAUCAUGAAAUCUCUGUGUUCCUCCUGGAGGCUUGGUGGCACCAUACGGCUUUGUGAAAUCGUUCUAACUGCAAAGAGGGGAAAAGAAAAAAAAAAAAAAAAAAACUUUAAGCAAUGGUGAAGUUUCUGCUGGACCAAAAAUGCUGAAAUGACACCAUUUUGGAAGGCAAGGAAUUCUGAUUACAAAUACACAAACAGGAAUGAGAGUCCCAAGGGAUCAGAGAGAAAAAGAGACCUACAGACCCAGAGGCAUACAUCCCCAGUUCCAAGUCUGUCCCCUACUCAUCCUGAAAUCACCUCACAGAAGCCCUCAGUUGAUGAAAACACUCUCUUUCCCUACUAACCUCACCGCCAUACAGGAAACAUCUAAGACUUUAGGGUCCUUACUUGUGGAUGAGAAAGCAAAGGCAUGUGAACCAUCAUAAUCACAUCUGAUCUUAGACUUGGCACCUUUCAUGUGCCAGCAAGAACCCUCACUGAUUGCCACCAAGGCUGACAGGGCCUCACGAGAGCACUGUUUGGGCGCUGCACCUGGUAGAAGGGCCCUGUGAGGAGCAUUACCCAGGGCCCGGGGGGGGGGGGGGGGGUGCGUGUUGCUGCUAAGGCAAGGUGGGAACCCAGGACAAGGGAAGUCCACAUGCCAGCCCCGCCAGUAAGUUUUUGCUUUCUCCAAUUAGCAGUUAGCCAAAUUGGAUUGCCUCCAUAAGCCUGAUUUGAGAAUUUCCCAGGGAUGGAGAAUUUCAAAUGAUCGUAAAUAGUGUCUUCCUGCUGAAGUCUCUUGUAAUCUUUUGGCACACUCAGCAGCAUUCUCUGCUCAGGAGAACAGUCCACAGUGUAAGCAAAAAAGCAAAAAACUUCGCCGAAAACAUUCCCCCUAAAAAUGACUAAAUACGGCAAAAUCCUAGCAACUGGGGCUAACAAGGUGAAACUAUAGAAUAUCUUCAAGCACACUCAUUACAAUUAUUCCCAAGGGGAUGAGCCGCAAAACUACCCUGUCAAUAUAUUGAAAAAUAUCUAAUUGCAUCUGCUUUAUGAAAUAAAAGCCUCUCGAUUGGCAUAAUUUCUUUUUUCUAAAUUGGUGUUCCUCAAGUAUUUCAAAACAGUCUGUUCUCUUAAGCAGGUUCCUCAGGCCCUCUAACAUCUGUUUAUCAAUUUUCACAGGAAGCCUUUAGGGCGAGGCCAAGGAUGAAAUUUAGGCCCAAAUAGGGUCAUUCAGUAAGGUUCUAAUCAAGGGUGCCUUACUACACGUUACAAAUACAAAUGCGAAUGCACUUUCAAAGAUUUCUUUCCAAUGACAUUUUAGGGUACCUUUUAGGAAUAAGAGUGCUGUUUAAUAAUAAUUCAAAAUGGGGUGGGGAGCAGAAGAGGCAGAACUGAGCUGAUGACAGUGUGCAUUCCCAUAGAAAGCCCCUGACUGGUAUCCCAAAGAACGAGUGUCUGUUAUUUACAGGCAGCUCAGCUGAGAAGAAACACUCUUUCAGGUACAACACAUGAGCAGCAGCAGACUUGGUACCUGACAGGUCUCCUUCUAUCCCUCCUGAGUCCAUGAACCAUGUCAGUCUACCAGGUCUUGGGGAGCCAUUGGUGAAAGGGCUAUUGUUUCUAAACACACAUGCCACCCCCACUUUAAAAGCAGUCCACCUCGAAGGGGAGGGCUUCCCCGUAGCCUGGUAACUUUACAAAGAGCUGGCUCACCUCCAACAUUUCCGAAUGCACAGAAUUCUGCUUCCCCUGUCCUUUUCAGACAGAUGCAGCAUUGCUGGCUUGGACGAUACAGGGAGGGAGCCAGGAGCCCAGGAAUGUGGGCUGCCUUUAGAAGCUCGAAAAGGCAAGAAAAUGGAUUGCCCCUAGACCCUCCAGAAGGGAACACCUGCCAACACUUUAAUUUUAGCCCAACGGAGCUCGUGUUGGAUUGCUAGACCGACAGAAAUGUCAGAACAGGUUUGUGUCUUUUUAAACGACUGACUUGCGGUGAUUUGGUACAGCAGCUAUAGAAAACAAUCACAAAAUAAGAAACAGAGUCCUCUCCAAAGUGCUGGCGUGUUUAUACAGCUGAUGCUCCUUCGUCUUCACAGGGUGAUGGAGCAGCAGGCAUCAGUCCCAAAGGGCAUUUCCAAACAAAGCAAGUAGAAGUCCUGAAGGACAGGGGUACCCUUGCAAGUUCCCAAGGGCAAAUGCAGGCAGAGUGACCCUUGAGGGGACAAUUCCCUGGUAAUAAAAAACAGAGCAAAUCUCAUUCCUUCUGGGACACCCCCCGGAAGCUCAAAGGGUACAAAAACAGCUUAGUGGUAACUCGCAGAGAAGCUUAUGACAAGGUAUACAUUAUGUAACAGUAUCUUUAACAUGAAGGUUUGUACACUAGAAAGAGAAAAUAUUUCCAGUCUUUUCACAAGUCCAUAGAAUCUAGCCUUGAUCCAGAAUAUCCAAAGUCUCCAAAGCUCAGAGCCGGGAGACUUGGGUCUUUUUCAAAUUGGUCCCAGGACCUCCUCCAAAUGGCCUCAAACAUCAUCCUGUAAAGAAAACAAAGAGCUGAGAUGCUUUCUCCUGGGAUUAAUGAAAUUCAGAGGCACUUACUGAUCACCUAGUAUGUUCCCAGCUUCUGAAAGAUCUAGCAAACAAUGACUAAAGGUCACUAGAAAAAGCUAGCGUUAGAGGAGUGACCAGAAAGCCACCCUCCAGAAUUCCAGCCCGGGACUGCUUGUCAGGAAGUUUCUAAAUGGUUCUCUUUAUUAUUUAUGUCUGCCUAUUUCCUUAAAGGAUUUGAGGUGGUGAUUUUCUGAUUAAAAUUUGUUUCUAAUCUCUUUCUAAUCUUGUUUUAUUGGCUGCAUUUCAUCCCUCUUGUACUUAAUCAACCUUGAAUAGUAACGUGUAUUGAGUCUGUAUAAAAAUAUGAAUUAGCAUUAAAAUUAAAAUGUACACACAUUUAUUACACAUGUACUAUGUAUGGGCAUAUUUGUAUUUGUAAGCUUGCUGAAAGAAGCUAAUGAUAAUGGUUCAUUAUGGGAAUAAUCAAAACCAUUCUUUUGUUAGCGAUUACCUAUCAAAUUUGCACAGCUGCCUUUUAAAAAUUCCAUUCCAAAGGUGUCACAGUCCUGCCAAACAAAGUGAAUAUGCAUAAAGAAAAGAAAAACUCGAUAAAUUAAUAUUUCACAUCCACUGAUCUGGAAACAAAUACUUUGAUAAAGGAAUAAAAUUUGCCUAAUUAAAGUGUCGCUACAUCGCGUAUAAGAAGUAUUAAUGGUAGAAAGACAUAUGUCUAGCUAAUUCGAGGAUAAGGCAGGUGCUCACACAGGAAGAAUUAUUCACGCCACGACCGUGUACAUGUGCAUGGACACACGUGUGCAUGGCUGUGAUUCUCAGCAGUUCUGGAACAGUGUCUCCUCCCCAUGUGAUUAUUGCGUUACUUUGGCUUGAUCGCCGCCAUGUGUCUUCCGCCUGAACUGUAUCAAGUUUCUCUGAAA